UGGGAAAUCCAACGCAUGGAAUGCCGCCAAUAUGCUCAAAGCUAAGCGCACCGCCCCGUGGCUAUGGCGCUGGUUUGAAUGCGCGGCGCGGCGUGGAGCCAAAUUCUUGGCGCAGCGACGGAAUCCGGGCGCCGCUCAGAUGUGGUGAGACUAAAAAAUGGUCCUGGUAGCUUAUGCUUACGCAGCGGCUGCCACACACAUCUUUCACAGAGGAUCGUUCUCUCAAUGCUGGGGACCAAUUCCGGGGGUCUUGGAGAGCUCAUUUUUUUGCUCGCAGCUCCAGGGACUUAGAGCGGCAACUAGUGGGAUUUUUGGCCACAGGGUGGAUCUCCAGCACUGCUGGAGGUGUAGAUACGUGGAGGAUGCACUGGUAGAUUCGGACAAACAGUUAGCAGCGAAGGAUAAACGAAAGGCAAAGGCGUCAACUUCUCCAAAGAAAGGUGGACGUCGCAAGAACACACAGAUACCGGCAGUGGCCACUGAGGAGCUCGAGGCUUUGUCGCCAUCCAUGACUUUGGAUGAACUCUCGCUUAGGAACAGUCUCUCGGCUCUGCUCGAAUCGGCCUACCGUCAACCAGCUUUUAAGCCGGUGCUACUACGGUCACUAGAGAGGUUUCACGGCGUGGAAGAAGAACAGCGAGCUUUGUCUAUGGAUUUGGUCAGCCAGCCUUUGACCGUCAAGCACCAUAAGAAGCGUCGGCUUGGUCUGGAGAGCAGGAUGGCCUUGCAUAGGGAGCGUGUUGAGAAGCUGGCAAAGGAUCGCGCUCCUUUGAUCAGUGAAGAGGUUGAAACUCCAGCGAAAGUUUCAGCUCCGCCAGGUUGUGAAUUCGAUCCGUGGUCUCAGGAGGCCGAGGUUCUUAUCAAGGAGUAUGGUGCCAGUGGAAGCAUGCUAGUGCUCAACUGGGACAAACUUCCGCGGCUUCGCUUGACAGGCCCGGAAGAAGUUCGUCUUGCGUGGUUCAUGGCCCCGGCAAAGAGGCUCCAGCAAGUAAGACUAAAGUUUUUCGAGCAUUUAAAGAGAGAGCCUUCCGAGGAAGAAUGGGCCAAGGUGGCAGAGAUGAGUGUACAGACGCUUCGGCGGCUGUUACAGUCGGGUCAGGCCGCAAGGAACAAGAUGAUCAAGCACAACCUCCGGCUAGUAGCUCAUCAGGCUCGUAAGUACUUCAAAGAGGAGCUCAGCUUAUCUUUGCUCGACUUAUGCCAAGAGGGUGUCCCGGGCCUCAUGAGCGCAGUCGAUAAGUUUGAUCCAAAGAAAGGCUAUCGCUUCUCGACUUACGCAGUAUACUGGGUUAAAAACAGCAUUCUCCGAGCACAAACAAGGCUGGGACACAUCGUUAGAGUACCAUACAACGUUGCUGCGCAAAAGAUGACUAUCCAGAGAAAGCGAGCUCAGCUGUCUCUCGAGCUCGACAGGGAACCAACGCACGAGGAGGUGAUCACGGAACUUAAGAUGGACUCGAGGAGAUACUUUGAAGUCCUGAGGACGGGUGCUCCCAGGAGAUCGCUAAAUGCGCGCUCCAAAGUUACAGGAGAGGAGCUGAUCCACAGCAUCAGCGAUCCAGACGAGAACGAGGCACAGUAUUAUAACGCGGGAGCUCAACUUCGCCUUGGAAUGGACGAUGUACUAGAUUCUUUGAAACCAAAGGAGAGCUUGAUAAUUCGCCAGCGCUAUGGACUGGAUGGAAAGGGCGAGAGAUCGUUCACUGAGAUUGGACGUAACCUCAACCUUUCAAGGGAGAUGGUUCGAAAGUAUGAGAUUCGGGGAAUGAUGAAGUUGAAGCAUCCAACUCGAGUUAAAUAUCUUAGAGAGUUUUUGUUGUAACUUCAUUUUGUACAGAAAAUGGAAUCUCCUCCUUAAUUCUAAUGGUUUUCACAGUA